AUCAUUCUCUGACUUUCAGACUCGAUUCACGCACUUUUACAGUGAGCGGCAGGAGAGCGCGGCGCGCACACAAACCUCAAGUUUUAACGUGAAGAUGGCGAGUAAACUCCUGCUGCGCGCGUGCCAGAGAGUAUCUGUCAUUUCAAGACAAAAUAUUUUACUCAGAACACCCCAGCGUGCACUUUCAGGGAAAGGUAUUCCCACAGAUGACGAACAGGCUGCGGGGUUGGAGCGUCGCAUCCUACAGGCCUUGAAAAAAGGCCAGGAUCCAUACAGCAUCCUCAAGCCAAAGGAAUAUACUGGAACCAGAGACGACCCUCAUAUUGUCCCCAGCAUUAAUAACAAACGUCUGGUUGGCUGUCUGUGUGAAGAGGACAAUACAGCUAUUGUUUGGUUUUGGCUUCACGAAGGAAACCAACAGCGCUGCCCGUCCUGUGGUUCACACUAUAAGUUGGUCCAUCAUGAGCUUCCACAUUAAUCUGAUUGUGGAUCACACCCGCAUCAAUAAACCACUGCAGACUUUAUAAACCUCAGUGCUUAUGCCAAACAUGUACAGAGUUAUAAUAAAAUUUAUUUCAAAGCUU